GGGCGCUUAGGUGCAUUGUUCUGAAGUCAGCUACGGAUGCGGCGGUUAGGACGAAGUGGCUCGCGGGAUUACCUUACCUUCAAAGACGGUGAAAGGUCGAGAAGGGCAGGCGGCGCCUGGGCGCCCGGCAGCCUCUGCCCUGAAGAGAAUCUUUGGCCUCAGCAGUAAGGGCCGGGCACCCUCGAGCCCCGCGGACCCGCGGAGUAGCUGCAGGGAUGCGCGGCACGGCGUCGUGGACAUGGCCGUGGGCAAGCUCCACAAGGCUGCCAGCGGGGGCGAUGUGGCCAGGGUGCAGCAUCUGCUGCUCCUCGGGAAAAGUGGCCUGAAUGACAGGGACAAGAAGCACAGGACCGCUCUGCAUUUCGCCUGUGCCUAUGGCCAUCCAGAGGUGGUGACUCUCCUGGUAGAGAGGAAGUGUGACAUUGAUGCCUGUGACAAUGACAAUAACACCGCUCUGAUUAAGGCUGUGCAAUGCGACCACGAGGAAUGUGCGACUAUUCUGUUGGAACAUGGUGCAAAUCCAGAUGUUGCCGAUGCCAGGGGCAACACUGCUCUGCAUUAUGCAAUCUAUAGUGAAAACACAUCAAUAGCUGCAAAACUGCUUUCACACAAUGCAAAUACUGACGCAAAAAACAAGGAUGGCCUCACACCACUUUUGCUUGCGCUAAAGGAAAACAGACUGGAAGUGGCAGAAUUGUUUGAAAAGAAAAAAACAGAUAUUAAUAUGUUGGAUAAGCCCGGAAGGCAAAUUUUUAAAUAUGAAGAAAAAGGACUUAAUUCUCAAAAUAGCCAUCCAGUGCUUGGAACUGAACCUGGGACCUCAUACAUGCCAGGGCUCAGAACUGAACCCAGGACCUCAUGUGUGUCAGUGUGUGAGAAUUCUGAAGAUGACUCUUUAACCAGCUUUUCCAACAAACAUGAUCCCGAUGAUUCCUGGCCUACAUCAGAUGACGAUGACUGUGUUUUUGAUAACAAGAAUGUCCCAAAAGUAAACCUAACUGAGUUAUGGACUGCGGCUCAGCAAUCCAAGAAAAAUCAAGCAAAAUAUGGCAUUGAUGAACCAGGAAAUAGAACUUUGAUUGACAACAGUGUUUCUGAUAGUAAAACCAAACACGUGGUUGAAGCUCUUCCUAAAACAUCAGUCAAAGUCCGGGACUUUUCUCAAUCUUACUCUUCAUCACCAUCAUCUGAACCAGAAGAAAAUGCACCAGGGCCAGUAAUUAGAAUGACAGAAACCGAUACUUUUGUUGUUGAAAAUGCUUCACAAGAGCAAACAAAUGACAAUAUGACUAAUAUUGAUGGUGGGCAGAAAGAUUAUAAAACUGAUAUGAUGUUUGCACUGGGAUUAGGAGAUGAAGACGAAUCGCCUUGGGAUUCUGAGAGUAUCUCUGAGAAUCUCCCACAGAAGUCUGUUGAUCCUUUGUCUGUAGCUGCAGAUGAAAGAGGAAAACAUACAGGAAAUGGACAAGUAGAAGAUGUGGUUUAUAUCCCUUCUUGCAUGAGUGGAUCAAGAAACUUUAAGAUGGCUAAACUAGAGGAUACAGGAAAUGUAGGCAAACCUAUAGCCCACAAGGAAUCACCUGAGAAAUAUCUUCACUUGAAGCCUGCCAUUGAAAUGAAAGAUUUUGUUCCGAGUGAAGCAGUGGGAAUGAAGGAUGUACAGACAUUCAAAUCAGGUGAAGCAGACAUAGAAGUGACACCAAAGGAAGAGCAGAAAAAACUUGAUAGCUGUGAAAAUCGCCAGGACCAGGUGGAGGAAAAAACAAAGCGAGUAAGUAGUGAUAUGGAAGUAUCAGAAAACCCAUGUGAUGCCACUGCUGAUGACAAUGACAGAUUAAUUCAACAAAGAAAUAAUGGAAAAACUGAUAUCCAGCAAUUUCCUAUUAAGGAAAGCAAAGAGCAUGAGAGUAGUGGGCCUGCCUUCCCUUUGUGGAAGGUAAACAAGACUGAAAAUGAACAGUGGAGCUCCACAGAAUCUGUGAUUUCCCCAGUGUUGAAGAAGGCCAGCUCCCUUUCUGGUGGUCUACUACAAGUGAAGAGUGAUAAUAGUGACACAGAUGAAGAUGAAGGAAGGUCCACAAAGAAAAUAUCUAAUGUAAAGAGCAAGGUCAAAAAGCAGAUUCAUGCUGUGGAUUACCUUGAUGACUUAUCACAGUCAUCUGAAACACCCUCAGAGGAUAGUGAGUCACCUUACCCUAACUAUGAGAAUAUUUUGCUGCUGUUUGAACAACUUAGAAUGGAGUGCAAAGAUUCAAUUAGUAUAUUAAAAAUCUGGGAUGCAAUACGUUCAUAUAAAACAGUAAUGGAACUUAAAAAAGAUCAUGAUGAACUGCUUACAGGAAAAAUUAAAAAAUUGGAAAAUAAGUUGAGGGAAUUACAGAAGGAGCUAACAGAAACAAAAGAUGCAAAAUCACAAUUAGAACAUGAGAAAAUACAACGAGAAAGAGAACUUGGCGAUUUACGAUUUGCGUUAAAACAAGAAGAGGAAAAGAGAAAAAAUGUUGAUCAGUUUUAUGAAAAAACUAAAGAACAAUUAAGAAAGAAAGAAGAACAAUAUUAUCAAGAAGUUGAAGCAAAACAACAACUUGAAAUUUCUCUUAGAACACUAGAUACAGAAUUGAAGACUGUAAGAAAUAAAUUGGAUCAGGUUUUGGAGGAACGAAAUGACACGCAGAGGCAGCUUUCUCGAGAACAGAAUGCCAGGAUGUUACAAGAUAGGAUUCUGGAAAGCCACCUUUGUGAACAAAAAGAGAUAGAGGUGACACAAGAGAAAAUGAAUCCUGAGGUUUCUGUUAGUAAUGAAGAUCUGUUGCAUAAGAAUCAGAGGUUACAGAAUGAAAUUGCCAUGAUAAGACUAGAAAUAGAUGCAAUAAAAAAUCAGAACCAGGAAAAAGAAAAGAAAUAUCUGGAAGAUAUUGAAGUUGCAAAUGAAAAGAAUGAUGCCCUCCAAAGGACAAUAAAACUGAAUGAGGAAACAUUUGCGAAAACAGUAUUCCAGUGUAAUGGGCAGCUUCAUAUUCUGACAGCAGAAAAUACAAUGCUAAAUUCUAAACUGGAGAAUGAGAAACAAAACAAGGAAAGACUGGAAACAGAAAUUGAAUCAUACCGUUCCAGACUGGCUUCCGCUGUUCAUGAUUAUGAUGAAAGUCAGACAUCAAAAAGAGACCUAGAACUUGCUUUCCAGAGAGCAAGAGACGAGUGGUUUCGUUUACAGGACAAGAUGAAUUCUGAUAUGUCCAACCUAAAAGAUAACAAUGAAAUUCUUGCCCACCAGCUUUCAAAAGCCGAAAGAAAAUUCAACAGCCUAGAAAUUGAAUUCCAUCAUGCAAGAGAUGCUCUUAGAGAAAAGACUUCAGUUUUAGAACAGGUACAAAGAGACCUAAAUCAAACACAAUGUGAAAUGAAGGAAUUUAAACACAUGUAUCAGGAUGAACAAGGAAAAGUGAAUCAAUACAUGGGAAAACAGGAAUCCAUGAUGGAGAGAUUGUCUCAGUUACAGAGUGAAAAUGCAUUGCUUCGACAGCAGUUGGAUGACGCUCACAACAAAGUUGACUUCAAAGAAAAGACAGUAAUUAAUAUCCAAGACCAGUUUCAGGAUAUUGUGAAAACACUUCAAGGUGAGAGUGAAAAACAAAACCUCAUGCUGGAGGACAGAAACAAAGAAUUACUCCAUGAACAUAAUUGUUUAAAAGAAAGAUUGUGUCAGUAUGAAAAGGAGAAAGCUGAAAGAGAAGUAGUUGUGAGACAACUUCAACAAGAACUGGCUGAUACCUUAAAAAAACAAUCUAUGUCAGAGGCUUCCCUGGAAGUUUCAUCACGUUACCGCAUUAGUUUAGAAGAUGAGACACAGGAUUUAAAGAAGAAAUUAGAUCAAAUCAGAAGUCAAUUGGAAGAAGAACGCCAUCAACGCAUGGAAGCUGUACAAUGUGCUGAGAAGAUGCAAGAACACUUACAAAAGCUCGAACUUGAGAAUUCCAGGUUAAAAGCUAAAAUAAAAAAGCAAGCAGGGAAAAUUGAACAUCUUCAGAAAAACCUGUUAAGUGCAAAUUUGUCUGAAGAUGAUAAGGAACAGUUAAAGAAAUAUGCUGAGUUAAAACAAGCUCUGGAAUAUAAUUUGGACCAAGAAAAGAAGAAAAAUGAUGAAUUAAAAAAAGAGCUAACUAGAUUUAAGAAACUUUUUAAAAUGACAGAAGCAAAAUUAAAUGAACAGGAGAGUGGAGAGUUUCGUUUCCAUGGAGAUUUAAAAUCCAAUGAACUUGAAAUGAAUAUUCCAAUUAAAACACUAAUACAUAAGAUUGAUGACCUUGCAGCAAAACUGGAAGCUACAUCUUCUAAAUGUCUACAUCUGGAUAAAAAUAAUGAGUUUCUCCACCAGGAGUUAUUGUCUAUGAAAAAUAUACAGAAGAAUUGUGAAACACUAGAGGAGAAUAAAAAGAAAUUGGAACAAGAAGUUGUAAACCUCAAAAGUCACUUAGAAAAAAAUGUAGUAGAACAUGGACAACUAGAACAGUAUAAGCGGGAGAUUGAGGAAAGAGCAAGACGAGACUUACUGGAAAAAUUAAAACAAGUCAACUUGUUUUUACAGACACAAGCGGCAUCUCAAGAACAUUUAGAGCAGUUAAGAGAGAGUAACAAUGCUUCAAUGAGAAAUCAGAUGGAACUCAGAAUUAAAGACCUGGAGUUGGAGCUCUCUAAAACGAAAACUGAAGAAGAUUUCAAUAAAAUACAACUGGAAAAAUACAGGCAACUCUAUAUGGAGGAAUUCAGAACUAGAAAAUCAUUGUCUAGUAAGCUAAACAAGGCUAGAGAAAGGCUAGAAGAGGCCAAUACUGAACUUCUGGUGGAGAAACAGCAAAGCAGAUCUUUGCUGAGCACUGUUAGUACAAGACCUGUCCUCGAGUGUCCUUGUGUCGGAAAUCUUAAUCACAGUUUGACGCUCCACAGAAGUUUUCUUCCCAGAGAAAGCUUAGUGGUUCAUACAUUAAACCCACAGCCUUCAAACGACAGCAUAGAGAACUACCUCACCAAGAUGCGCCAAGAGUUGGAAAACAGUAUAACUAGAGCAGCUAGAGAAGCUACUGCUGAAAUUGAAUCUGCAGUCUUGAAAUUUUCUCCCCGAAGACUUACCAAUAAAUCAAGUCAAGAUCUAAUUUCAGAAACGUCACAAGAAUAUAAGGAGAUUUUAAGGAGAAGAUAUAUGAUCUAAAAAGAUAACAUUUAUUUAUUGGACUUUAGGUGUAUGACAUGAAAACUUUGUUGAAAGAAAAAACUUUUGUGUCAUGUACUUGAUAAAAAUUUAUACACUA